GGAAAGUCAUUAAAAACUUAGGUUUUUUUUUCUUCCAGUUUUUCAAAAAUAUAAAAAAAAAAUGGACAGAGUUUAUACAAGAAAGAAAAAAUUAGUUCCAUAAACAUUUUGUUGAAAGUUUUUCAUAAACCAUUCGUAUACGUAUUUUAUCAGUUGCAAUUAAUGUGAUGUAAGCAUUGUUUAGCACCAGUUUUUAACUGAAAUGGUAGCAAGCAGGGUUCGAAAAUAACUUUUAUUUUUAAACUAAAAAAACACUAACAAAAUAAAGCCCUGCAAGACAUUGCAUUUUACAUAGCCGCAAUGGUUUUUAUUUUAGUUUUAGUCAAAACUCAUGAGAUAACCCUUUUUUUUAUUAGUUUUAUAUUAAACUUGACAGAUAAAGCAAAGAGUAGGGAUUACAUACGUUUUUCACUGACUUAACAAAAUAUCCCUAGUUCUUAGUAAUACACUUCGUUUCGAGAUCAGGGUUACCCUACCACAGACAUUGAUAUUUAAUAAGUGACAUUGACAGUGAUAGUGUAAACGAUGUAAAAAAAACUAAAAAACUAAAUAAGCAGCAGCGCAUGGAACCAACGCAUUGGGAUCCGCUGCAUGGUCAACGUUCUGUACAUGGAAUGUUUACCCUAUAAGUAUACGUUAUACGUUAAGGCUAGGCAAACGGUUGCAAGAUCCGUUUGCCACGCAACACACAUCCCUGUCGCGAGUCGGAUCCGAGCUGGCCUUGGUCCUGCGGCGCAAGUUUCUUCCUGGUGGCGAUUGGAGUGAUGGAGCCUGUUUGCUGGUAUAGCAGCCUUCAGGCACGGUGUUCUCUUUGUUAUUCUGGGCCUUCAGUCUAACCCGCGCUUAACUAAUAUCUACGCAGCCGCCGCGAAGGUAGAGGGCUGCUCAUCGGACGAAUCCUCGGAUAACUCGGCGAUUGUCUGCUGACGUUUCUGCAUUUUGGCCACACCCUAGAACACUUCCCCAUCGUCCUCGGUGUCAAUACCAUCAUUAAGAUCCCAGCCGGAGGAAUACAGCUUGGGCUGGACAUUAUCGCGCUCAUUGGUCAAGGCGAUUGUGUUCUCAGUUCUGGCUGGUGUUUGGUUGGGAGCUGCCUAAGCAAAAGAUUCGAAAGUGUCGCUGUCGUCGGAGUUCACCGACUUGUUCUAAUAUUCAACCGGGGAUGCACAAGGCAUGUGCCGUUUUUGAGCCGCAAGUGUUGCAGUACAGCAGAAGGAUUGAGUUGUCUGUGCGGCCGGCCAGCGCCAUGAAUUCUUCGUCAAUGCAGAUCCUGUCGCCAUGGAAAUGCUCGGCGAAGGCACUGGGAUCGGUCUCCCAAGUGGCUUCCUGGCUAGACAAUGCGACGCCCAUGUGGAUCACCUCGUGGAACUCCUCUGUGUUGUUGCAUAGUGGGCACUUGAAGAAAUACCCGGAAGUGUUGGCGUACAUCUGUAGGCAUCUGCGGUGGUACCAGCCGUUCCGGCAGCUUGAAGAAUAGAGCAUGUUCACCACAUUGAAGCGGUAACCCUCCUCGACCAGUAGCUCUGUGCAGAUGAGUGAUCACAUGUCGGUGGCACUAGGACUUGUAUGUCCCACGGAAUUGAUUCUGGGCGAGAUUGUCGAUGUCGGACUUUGUGUGAAAUGUGCGACGGCAGCCGGACUUGCAGCAACCGAUGUUGGCGCCCGGGCGGAGACAGUAAAAGCAAAUGAGAUGGAGGCAAGGCCUGGACUUGGCGAAGAUGUCGUCCUUCAGGAAGCGCAAGAUGCCGACACGGCUGUGGCCGCGCUGGACAAGAUUCGAGCUGAGGUACAGACAGUUGUGGUGCACCAUUAUAUUCCCUUCCACGGUGAUGCGGACGAAGGACAAUGGAUCCUCCGUUUCGCUACUGAGGCACAACAAACUCUUCCUCACCACGAUUGCCUUUUAGUUUGUUCACCUUUUUUCAUUGAAUUGUAUUCACAAACUGAAAACUAAUUAGGGCGAGACAAGUGUUGUCUCGCUCUAAAUGCCAAUACUAUUAGCAAUGUAAGCACAUGUACUUUAUAUUGU